ACAACAACAGCUGUUGGCGCUCCCACGCGAAUGGCACUGCAUUUUAUUUUCUGUAUUCGGUUUGAGCUUUGUUCUAAAUAGCUGCAAAAACACGCCCGAAAUGCAACAGUUCAGCUAGGCAUUUUGCUAGGGAAGAAGGACCACAACCAGGACUCCAGAAAGGAUACCAGCGAGAUGUCACAGGCUGCAUCCACGACGCAAAGUGCAACCGCUGCACCGGUGGGCAGUAGACGACCAAUGGCCAAUGAAGUGGGCGGCGUGGGCGUCAUUGGGACCACCAUGUCGGCCAGAUUCGGAGAAACGGAGUGGGAGGCGCGGGAGUCCCAGAGGCAAAGGGAACUGCACGAAGCUCGAGCCAGGGCGGCACAAAUGGAGAAGACCAUGAAGUGGUGGUCCGACUGCACUGCCAACUGGCGGGAGAAGUGGAGUAAGGUCCGCAACGAGCGGAACAAGGCCAGGGAAGAGUCCAAACAGCUGAGCCUCAAACUGGACGGCGCCAUGAAGGAAGCCCACUCGCUGAAGCGGGAGAAGAACGAUCUCGAGAUGCAGAUCACGCAGCUGAAGAAGGAGAUGGAGAAGGUGCACUCGCUGAUGAUGAAGCACGCUGGCCAGUUUCAUCGGGCCGACACCAGCGAGGAUGCGGAGGCCAACGGACGGGAUGCAAACUGCUCGCCGGACAUUUCCUCCGAUGGCCUGAAGAAUAUAAAUAGCGAGGACGGCUUGGUAACCAAGUUGCCCAACGAUGUCAAGGACCUGGACAUUGAGGAGUUCGCCUUGAAGGGGGCCAUGCCCAAGCACCUGACCGAGUUGGAUGCGGCGGCAGCUGCCGAGGAGAAGCGUCUGAUUCAGCAGUUGUCCAAGGAUGACUUUGACGAGGACUACUUGCUGCAGAAAAUAUCCAUGCUGCAGUUGCGCCUGGACGAGGCACAGAAAACCCUUCAAGCGGAAAGGGAUGAGAAGCUGGAGCUGCACAAGAGCAUUGAGAAACUGACGCUGGAGAUCCAGGAUGUACGUGGUCGACAGGAGGAGAUGCGCUCGGCCAAACAGGAGGCAGUACGAGAGCUACUAACUCUUCAGGAACAACAUCGUGCUGAGAUGCGCAUCGUUAACAACUCACUGCAGGAGGAGAUAGCCGCCCGUGAGAAUCUCGAGCGUCGCCUCACGGAACUUCGCACUGAGCUUGAGCAUCUUCAGGCGGAGAACGCAUCCGAAUGGGGCAAGCGGGAGCGCCUGGAGUCCGAGAAACUGGCCAUGGAGCGGGACAACAAGAAGCUGCGUGCCGAAUUGCGGGAUUACCAAGAACGAUCCGACCGCAAGUGCCGACCCAUGCAGGCUAAUGACGUGGAGGUGCGAGCACUGCAGCAGGAACUGUCCGAGCGCAACAAGGAGAUCAGCGAGGUGAAGAUGUCGCACGCCAAGCUAAAGAAGCUGCUGGCCGAAACGAACACAGAGCUGGGACACGCCGUGCGCCGUGCCGAGCAGUACGAGGCGGAGGUUAAGCGUCUUCGCCAGCGUGUGGAGGAGCUCAAACGGGAACUAGCUGGUGCUGAGGAUGAAUUGGAUUCGGCGGUGAACCAAGUGCGGAGGUUGCAGCGCUCCAACGACGAACUUGUGGGUCAGACUGAGGGGCUACAGGUGCAGAUACAGCACCUGCAGAAUAGACGUGCUCCGAGUCCCCAGCUGCGGGGAAUGGGCGGGGUGCAGUUGAGGAACAAGAUUGCCGUGGAACUGCCCAACGAUUGUCUGCCGAACAUCAACGAUCUUCGCCAGAUCUUCGAUGACUCGCAGGCGUGUUUGAGGAGUUCUCACAAUGGCAGCGAUGCAGCUGCUCAUCAUGCGGCUUCUGUCAAGCGGUCUAGUCACACGGAGCGAACGCUCCUCCAGCAGCAGCAGAGCAGUGCAGCGGCAUCUGCAGCGGCGGCGGCAGCGGCAGCAGCGGCCUUCUAUGAUGCCAAACCCACACAUCUCGAGGAGAACAUAUUUGAGUCAAAGUCUCGAAACCUGGAGUUCGAGCGGGCCAAGCAGAAAUUCGAUAAUCCCCAUGGACAGCACCAUCAUCAUCAUCAGAGACAAAGAUCCGGAAACGGGCGAUAUGGAAGUGCUGGAAGCAACGCCAGUCGGGCGAAUCUUGCCCUGCCGUUGAAGGGAAUGACCAACGGAGGCAGCAGCUCCGCUUCCAGCAAGGAUGAGCUGAACCGCCAGCUAUACGAGAAGGAACAAUCGGCAGGCGCGGGCUAUGCCAGGAACAGCAUUAACCUAGACGGUCUCAAAGUAUCCGACGAUGAGACUCCGUAGCUACGGCUCGACAAGCUUGCUGCUGGACGAUGAGACCGAGGGUAACAGCGAUUAAGUUAUAAACCAAGACAUUCGAGGGACAGUAAUGGUAUUACACAUUUAGUAUUAAUUUUCAAGUAUGCGCAAGUACUUUAAAGUUGGUAGAGCAACAACCCCAAGUAUAAACCGCAUUCCUAGUUUAUAUUUGGGACCUCUGCCAACUGGUUCCUUAGUUCUUUCAUAAGUGAGUAACAACUAUCGCAGGAUGAUAUACUUAUUGCGAGAUCCUUAAAUAUUGUAUAUCCCCUUACAAAUACUUAUGUAUAAACUAAGAUAUGUUUACUUUUGCGACUACUUCCCAUCAUCAGAUCAUUAAUAAGCUAUGUUCAGAGUACAAUUAUAAGUUUAUAUCUUCAAUAAUAUUCCAUGUAAUUUAAG